GCCACAUGACACCACCAAGGGACACGAUAGGACAUAGAGAUCAUGGGAUCUCUAUGUUGACUAGCUGAUGUUUUGAUCAACUCACUGCGGUUUGCCAUCGUGCGUGUGUAGAAGUCUAGUUACUGAGCAUAUCGACGAGAGUAGUACGCAUGUUUGUAUCUAUAGCUAGAGACACUGACUCACGUCCGCCGCAUGUCUUCUGAAAGUGCUGCAGUCACACGCCUCGUACAAGCCCGUCAAGUCGGUGGAGUUGGAGCCUCUGUGAAUAGCAACGAGUCUAGAGGCGAAGGGUACAAGGCUAACGUUUGUAGAGUUGGGAGAGAAUCCUGGACACUCCAUCAUUGGUCGCUCUACUACACACGACAGUGUUUUGUUUGUUGAUUAGUGAAAAGUGGGCGUGUGCCGCGGAUGCGUAAGAUUGUGCGCAUGCGCAAAAUGGGUCAAGGUUCAACGCAACUGCAGCAUGGCGGUGUCAGCGCGGCAGUCAGUGAAGGAAGCUCAGCAGCGCCAGCUUCCCUGGGUGGAGAAGUAUCGUCCGCAGAACUUGGACGAGCUCAUCUCGCACAGGGACAUAAUCAGCACAAUUCAGCGGUUCAUGUGUGAGGAUCGCCUGCCACACCUCCUGUUCUACGGCCCUCCAGGUACUGGGAAGACCAGCACCAUUCUAGCCUGUGCCAGAACACUCUAUGCUCCCAGAGAGUUUAACUCCAUGGUCCUAGAGCUGAAUGCCUCGGAUGACAGAGGGAUUGGGAUAGUGAGAGGAGCCAUCCUCAGCUUUGCCAGCACUCGCACCAUCUUCAAGUCGGGCUUCAAACUCAUCAUCCUAGACGAGGCGGACGCCAUGACCAACGACGCUCAGAACGCUCUCAGAAGAGUGAUAGAAAAGUUCACAGAGAACGUCCGUUUCUGUUUGAUCUGCAACUACCUCUCCAAGAUCAUCCCGGCCCUCCAGUCUCGCUGCACUCGGUUCAGGUUCGGACCUCUGGAACCGAAACAGAUGGAACUGCGACUCCAACAUGUCAUCAAGGAAGAAGGUGUGAGUGUCCAGCCAGAUGGAGUGGAGAGCCUCAUCACUCUAUCUGGAGGAGACAUGAGAAGAGCUCUCAACGUAUUACAGGUCAUCAUCUCCCACUGCCACUGUCUCAGUUUUUCAACUCCAAACCCUUGUGAACUAUACAUCGCUAGGGCUCAGCAAUGUGACCUAGUGUGA